GUCAGCCUGCAGUCUCAAGUCUCAACAUGUUGUUAACAUGGCUCUUAGUUCUUAUACGAUAAUUUAUACGAAAAGUGGUUUGAAAUCGCCAUUAUUUAACAGUAUAGUUUUGAGGUUGCAAGUGGAGAAAAGAACAAAGAAAAGUCAACCGUUGGAUACAUGCCACGACCUUGGUGUAUUUUUUCAUUGUGGCCACGUGAUGUAACAAGUUUUUUGAUUGAUACAAGACACAUUGAACGAUAAAACGUGCAACUGUUAACAAUCACUUUUAACAGUAAAAGUAAUCGAAAUGAUGGGCACGUUGGGCUAGGUGGUUGAAUUUUAUUUUAAAAAACUGUUAUUUUGUGUCGUGCGUGUGAUCUUGAUGAUUUGCAUUAUCUCAUUCAAGUUCUUUGUGUCUGUCAGCCAUUGUUUUUAACGACAUGAAAGUUUGACAAGUUACAGCACAUUAGAUAAGAAAAUUUCUAAAUUACAUUCUGUUUUUUUAUUAUUUCUUCAUUCAAGUUCAACUGUCACGUGAUAGUGGGAUUCCCCGUUUUACAAGUGAUACUACAUACCGUUACGACUGCUUAUUUAUUUCCAUUUUCACGUAUUUUUAUUUUUUGGAAGAAAAAAAAAAAAUAACGCUGGAUUCAUCGAAAAUAUUUACUGGUACAUCUACCUGUAUGUAUUAACGAUACUGCUUCUGUGUCUCUGCUUCAGAAUUCAAAAUUAACUGUUGAAUGAAUGUCGCAACGUAAAAAACGCCACAUAAAGCCGAUUUUGCCGUUGUGAGUAUAAACAGUCAGAAACUUAAAAUGGCACCGAGCAAAGUGAAAAAUUAUUGUAAUAAAAUCAGUAAAAAUGAAUUUAUGAAAAAGACAGUCAAAAACAAAAAUAACUUUUUUGUACUCCCACCAAGAGUUAUCUUACCAAAAUAUCCAAUUCCAAACGAUUUAUCUGUAGUUGUCUGGAAGAAUCUAAAGCCGUUUCCUGGAAUGACGGAAAGAAGUGAACAGUUUUUACGAAUCUUAACUACAAUAAAGAAUGGAAAAUAUGGAAUACAGGAAGAUAACUAUCUAGAAAUGUUGAAGCUUAUGCUAUAUGUAGAAACAAUACAAAAUCAAAUUGAUAUGAAAAGAUACGACCAGUUAGAAAUAAAGAUUGAAAGAGUCUCGGCAAGCUUAUCCGAUAGAUUUAAGAUUUAUGUACAGGGUUUGGGAGAAAAUCGACCAUCGAUUAGACCUGAAGACGAAAUCGAGGUUCGCGGUUACGAUACAAAAGUCAAAUAUGUUUUGAGAAUCAUUAAUGUAGCGAGUGAUUAUAUUCUUGUCGCAGGAACAAGGAGAUUUACAGAUGACUUUGACUCUGAGAAUCUGUAUGACAUUAGAUUUCGAGGGUGUGAUUAUACUACCAAGUGCAGUCAUUAUGCAGUAUCAUUAACGAAGUUUCAUAAAAUCACACCCUACUUUUUUCCUAAAACAUGUAUUCCUUUUACUACAAGAAAAACGGACAGUGAUUUUUGGUUCAAUGAAUCGAUAAAGCAUAAUCCUCAACAAAAACAAGCGGUGUUAAAUAUAAUAGCUAGAUCAUCAAGAGAUGCACCGUACAUACUGUAUGGACCACCUGGCACUGGAAAAACUGCCACAUUGGUGGAAGCAAUAUGUCAAAUAUUUUAUAACAGUUCUUGUGAUACUCACGUACUUGUGUGCACACCAUCAAAUUCUGCUGCAGAUGAAAUUACAAAACGCUUAUUAAAGUACAUUGAUGAUGAGAAUUCUAUUCACAGAAUGUAUAGCCCAUCAAAAGAAGGAUCAACCAUUGAUACAGCCAUUGUAGGAUGUUCUAACUAUGUUGAUGGUCAAGUUUUAAUGUUACCAGCGGAUGCUGUCAAAGAAAAGUCAAUUAUCCUUUGCACCUUGUGUGCAGUAACACGGUUGUUAUUCAUGGGAUUCAGAGACAAACACUUUUCUUACAUAUUUAUUGAUGAAGCAGGACAAGCAACAGAGCCUGAUUCUCUGAUACCUUUUAAUUUACUGACUAGCCAAAGAAAAGGUAGGAUUGGAAAAUUACAUGGCCAGGUUAUCAUUGCAGGAGAUCCCAAUCAAUUAGGACCCAGUGUCAUGUCCAGGCUGGCUGAACCUAUUCUUGGACGAUCAUUACUGGAGCGAUUAAUGGACUGUGAACCAUAUAGAAAAAAUGAAAACAAUGACUAUAAUCCAAGCUUCAUUACAAAAUUAGUUCGAAACUACAGAAGUCACCCAGAUAUCAUUCGUGUAUCCAAUACAUUGUUUUAUGAUGAUGAGCUGCGAUCUUGCGGGAACAAUGACACUGUUAAAAGAAGUGAAAAUUGGUAUCACCUUGCACGAAAAGGAUUUCCUAUUAUUUUUCAUGGUGUUGAAGGAGUUGAGCAAAAAGAAAUAAAGUCUCCAAGUAUUUUUAAUACAAGUGAAGUAGAAAUCGUUAUCGAUUACGUGAUGAAACUAGUUGGAAAGCAUUUGGGAAAUAGCGUUGUCAAACAGAGUGACAUUGGAAUCAUAACGCCUUUUACUCAGCAGAAAUUAAAGCUGAAGAAUGCUCUUGCACAAAAAAAUUUUGAAAACAUCGAUGUCGGCACGGUUGAACUGUUUCAAGGUCAAGAAAAAGAUAUAAUUAUAAUGAGCACCGUGAGAAGCAAAAUUUUUAAACACGACGAGCGCUAUCACAUAGGGUUUUUGUCGAAUCCUAAGCGUUUCAACGUGGCUCUAACAAGAGCAAAGGCUUUAUUGAUAGUCAUUGGGGAUCCGAAUAUUUUAAAAGUGGAUUCACACUGGAGAUAUUUCUUGAAAUUCUGCCAAAGCAACGGAGCUUGUAAGGGUAUUAAAUUUCUUAUCCAAGAAAGUUUGCAUGAACUGUCCUACGAAAUAAAGUAUCGAAAUAAAAAACAAGAGCAAGUCCCAUUUAACUGUAAUUUAGGCGUCAUAAACAUUGACGAUGGUGUACCUGAUUCUGAAGAUAGUGAAAACGAAGAGUAUUAUUCUGUGGGUGAUCAGAUAAAUAAUUCCUCCUGUCCACAAAAUUAUAACGGAGCAAGCAACCACUAUUACAACACUCCUAGAAAUACAGAUUCAGCAUCCAAUUCAUUGUUUGAUAUUAUCAUACAAAAAUUCCAAGAAUUAAAUAUCAAUGAUUCUAAUACGAAAAAAAAAAAAAAGCCUAAAAAGAAAAGUAGGGGUGAUUAUGUGUAAGUAUUUGUAUAUCAAAAAACUGUGACUGCCUUAAAACUAAAAUACGUAAAAAAUUGUUAAAGAUGCGUGUGAAUAAGUAACUUAUUUUAAGAGAUGAGAAUUUUACAUAUUAUAUUAUUUUUCUAUUUGAUACCACGUGAUACGAGUAUAUAAGACUUGCAACAUUUUGUAAAGUUGAUCAUUCUCCAUUAUUUUGUUAUCGACUUAGCAGAUUGUGAUUAAAGAAUAGUUGAAAAUGAUUAAAAAUUUGCCAUUGCAUAUUUCUUUACAUAGACACAGUUGAUUA